AUGGGCCCAAGUCUGCCUACCGACGGUUUCAAGAGCGAAUCGGAACUCCAUCCGGUUGAAGGUCACACGGAUAUUGAGGUCAAUUACGAUAUCAUCCACGGGGCCAAAUACGAAGGCAGCGACCGCUGCAUCACCGUGGUCGAAGAUGAGGUGGCCCACCACGAUAUGCUCGACGAAACCGGCUCGGAGGGUAAGCCUGAUGAAACUGCCGCCAACUUCAGUCAAUCACUGGAGCUGGAAAACACCGACGAAGAUGUUUUGUGUGACGUCCCUAUCUCGUUCCCCGGAACUUGGAGCUCGCCAUCUGCAUUCCAGUCCGCCUACGGCAGACCGCACCUCAAGACUGGAGCAAAUCAACUUCGUCCCAUUUCUGUGGCUAAAUCUUUCCGUCAUAUGACUCAACGGCCCAUCUCCCAUUCCUCCCGAAACCGGCUACUCACCGGUGGUCGUCCAAUCGUACCUCGAAACGCGGUUGCCCCAGUCUCGAGACUUGAAAAGACCUAUACGAGUUGGAUUCCUCAACUUGGCAUUGCUCUACCCAUCAACGAGGAGGAGUGUCUGAAGCGAGUUCAUUACCUUGCCUUUGCGAAGCUGCACGAAAAAGGAACACCUACCAGCUCCUUUGUGCAGCAUAUUCAAGGGGAACAACAUGGCGUUGAUGCGAAUAAUGUCAGCCAUAUCCUCUGGGUGGGAAGGCAGUGGGACUCAAUUCUCUCCCUGUUCGAUUCUAUUGUUCAGAAACUCGGCAAAAAACACCCCACCUUCAAGCCACAUGGCCUCAUGGUCCUUCUCAAGGCUGGUUACAC